CCCUUUUGAGACGAGCUGAAGCUGGAAGCGGAGACUUGGUGGAGGGUGGACCACAGAGGCUAAAGAGGUCUUGACAGGUCUUUCUCUGAGUGCUGAGUAUCUAUUCGUGCAAGUAUGAAUCCAGUGUGGAAAGUUUACAAGAGCAAAGUGCUGAAGACUUUCAACCCUGAGUAUGAGGAGGACGCGGCUGAAGAGGUCACAGAGGUGGAGAAUGACAUAGGACCUGUUCAGGAGGAUGAGGGACCCAACGCUGUUUCGCAGCUUGCAAAGAAAAUGCAGGGGGCCGGGACUAAAAGCUGGAACAGGUUUUCAACUCUCUUCAACAAAGAGGAUGAACACCAGCUUCUGGAGGAGACCGAGAGCCCGCCAGUCCCCGACCAUCCACUUGCAAUAAGGCCGGAGGAGCCUCCUCGCCCCACAAAGCGCUCGGCAUUCUGGGAUAGCUUUGCCUCCAACUGGGCUGCCAAGAAGCAGGCGGAGGCUGCUGCCGUGGCCGCUGCUGCAGCCAAUGAGACAGCAGCAGCUCAGGGUGAGGAGGGGGUGACAGAGGCCGGAGGAGAGGUCAGCCAGGAUGGGCAGAUCCCUCAGGGAGAGGAGAGCGAAGAGGGAGGAGGAGGAGGAGGAGGAGGAGAAGGAGGGAGGAGCAGCAACAGCUUCUCCAAAUACGUGUCGCUCGGAGGAGGGAGCGAGGAUGCAUCCUUCAAGUGGAACUUUGUCACCAGCAAACUGGCAGAGAUGAAGACCAAGAGCAACUAGCUGCUCCUGGUGAAGGAAUCUGGAGAGUAUAAACAAUAUGAUGAAGGGUUUAUAUGUAGGAGUAUAGAGGAAGUUUAGGGGGAGGCUAUAUUUGACACAGGAUGUCCUGUAACUAACUGUACAGCUAUUGUAAAAGUCCCUUUCAUUCUGAGCUUUUGAAUAAUGCACCGUCUCCUAACCACAUCACAAUGAACAAAAACAAUGUGUUUAAAAACAUUUCCUUGAUUAUAUUUUAGGCCCACAUGCUCUGAGCCCACACAUAGUUUGAAUAACAUUUUCAAGAGCAAGCAAAGAUCACAAAAUGGAUGAUGUCACAUUUUAAACCUGAUAUCAAAAUCUCAAGGGAGACAAAAAGGUGUUAAUUAUUAUCAGAAUAUAAUGACUUUAUUUCACAAAGAGGACUUCUACAAAUGUUAGAACUGAAAAGGUUACACAAAUUGAUAAUAAUCUAUUAUUUCUCUGAGAUGAGGUGGAUAGUUGUCUCUUCACCAGUUUGAGACACAGCAUGAUGCAGUGUAACAUGUUUAGAGAAUACAACAAAUAAUUUAAGUGUUGAACCUGGUCUGCACAUUACAGCCUGCUUUAGUGAGGUUGUAUGGACAUAUCUUCUUCCCCAAAGUGCUUUUUAAACCACAAAAAGGUGCCUUCACACCUGUCAGUAAAUUUGAUCUAAUCUGUAGUUUAGCAAAAACCGGAUUAAAAGAUUAAAGGCAGCGAUAGCUGGAUUAGUUGAGGAUUAUCUCACUUAACCUGCACAGAGGGCAGGGCUUUCAGUGAAGAGAUUUGGCAGUGCGACAAAACGAUUACAUCAUUUAAGCAUUUCUCUCUCCUCGGAUAACAGGAAGGGGAAACGUGCUGCAUUUAUAUGAAAUGUGUGAAAUAUGAAUGUGUGCGUGUGGUGAGAUAAUGUCAGGUGACUUGAUGACUUUACUGACUUUUUUUUCUGAUCUUGACUGAGACUGUGCAGUGUGAGCUCUUUACAUUCCUGAUUUUGUGACAUGAAAGAAAACUUGUUUAUUUCAGAUUUUGUCUUAUUCUGUUGUUUUGAUUCAUCUUAUAUUUAAUAAAGACUACUG